GCAGGGACCCAAAGCUUCAAGGACUUAGAUUGUGAUUGGCCAGGCGGCGUCUCAGGCAGUUAGCGCGAUUGGCGGAAGCUCCGGGCCUCAGCAGCAUCAGAUCGCGGGAUUGGCCGCGGCUGCCGCAGCCCGUCUCGGUCUGACUGUAGCAGGCCGGGUGCUGAAAGGGGUCGUGCGACCCACGGGCCGGGCGCUCCGAGGAACAUGGCGGCGGCGGACCUCGCUCAGAUUCCUGAUGUUGACAUUGACCCAGAGGGAGUCUUCAAGCUUCAGAUCCCUGUGCCCAGAACUCAUCCGUGGCCUCCGAGGGCAGCUGGGGCUUGUCCUGAGGCUGCUGUACCCACCGUAGCCGACAUCUAUGACAAAGUGUCCAGUGAGCUGCAGAAGAAGGGCUAUGACUGCGAGUGCCUGGGCGGCGGUCGCAUCUCCCACCAAAACCAGGACAGGAAGAUCCACGUGUAUGGCUACUCCAUGGGGUAUGGUCGUGCUCAGCACUCCGUCUCAACUGAGAAGAUCAAAGCCAAGUACCCUGACUAUGAGGUCACCUGGGCAGACGAUGGCUACUGAGGCUAGCACCAAGCAGUCAAGACAGAACUCCACCUGCCCAGGGUCACUGUUGAGGAGCUGCCCAGCUCUUUGUUUCUGCACUCCCUGGCAGUGUGCAACCGCUCCAGGCCUGGCCUGUGGGAAUUAAAAGCUAUAGUAUACCUGCUCA